AUGGCUCCUCGCAACUCCAGAUCAAAUCCAAUGCUUAAACGUUCAACGGGUCGAGACCAGAUGGAACUCAGUCUCAAAAGACUAGCUGCUUGGACACCUCCUGGUUCCCUUCAUCCAUCCACACCCGCCCCUGGAGAGGUUACUCCAGUAAAUGAACACGGUGAGGGGCAGUUUACUGGUCACAAUGCCCCGCUAGAUGGACAUAAGAGCGGGGUAUUUGGGGCUUCCUCUCGACGGUGGGAGAAGUCUUCGUUCUUCAUUGGACAGCUGCAGUCCGCCCAAACUGGGCAGCCUCCAGCGAAUAAGGUGUUGUCCCGUCCACGUUCCGCUUGUCUCAUUGGGUACAUGAAGUUAAGGGCCGAUCUCGAACUCCGGACAGACAAUCAACGCACCAGCAAACCACAAAACUAA